UUGCUACAGUGGCACAGAGGCUUCAGGGUAUCCUUCGCGACACAAGCUGACUGCUUUCCGUAUUCGUUGAGGCGAGUGAAUGUGGAACUAGCCGUCUUCAAAACGCCAUUUUUCGAGCGAAUUGGAAUCUCGAACAGUCCACCCGACGGUGAAACUUGGAAAGUGACUUCAUAA